GUUAACAUACUGAUUAUGCUAUAAAAUGACACCAUGGACCUGAAAAAUACAUAACUCUGUCCCUUUAAACUGGUCCACAUCCUGACCUCUCUGUUGUGCUGGUUGUUCUAAAUGAUGCUGUUUGGUCACCGAUGUUCUCUAACAAACCUUUAAAGACUUCACAGAUUCUAUUUGUGACUUCUUAAGACAAUUGGUAGUUUUUAUUUAGGUGUAUCAGUGUAAAGGAGUGGGAUCAACUAAAAUGUUUGCCACGUUUUUCAGAAUUUUAUUGCCAAAAUGUUAAACUCCUUGUUCUGCCUCUAUCACCCUGAACAGGUCUCAGUAACAUCAUUGGCAUCAUUGUGUACAUAUCAGCCAACUCUGGGGACCCCAGUCAGAGUGACAACAAGAAGAGCUAUUCCUAUGGUUGGUCGUUUUAUUUUGGAGCUUUGUCUUUUGUGCUGGCCGAGAUGGUGGGUGUCCUGGCAGUACAUGUGUUUAUAGAAAAGCACAGGCAGCUUCGCACCAAAGGCCGGCCCUCGCUCAUGAAGCCUCCAGUCUCCAGAAACUCAUCAUCAUACCGCAACCGCUACUACAACCACAGCAGACGCUACAGCUACCGCAGCAAUCAAAGCACAGCAGACUCAACCUGCCACGGUUACCAAACAUCACUAGUACAUGACCAGGAGCCAAGCAUCUCAGCUGAAUCUAAAGUCACCAUGGUGGCUGGUCUGCCUAUGCCAAUGACGAUGGGCUCAGAGUUUAUGCUGUAUGCUUUAGCUUCACCGCUAAAGAAGAGUAAGAUUGACUUGGGGGUGGAGGACUUGACAACUGCAGCCCCUCACACCACAGACAUGCUGCUGGGAAACUGUGUGUCCAAUCGAAGAACCACUCCUGUCUGAGCAACAAUAAUGGGCAAAAGACAGUCAUCUCUUGGACCUCUCGACGCGAGCAGAGUGCAGACUUUUUUGUUGAUCAAAUAUUUACUUCAGAUGCAGACCAGAUCAUUUUUUCUUUGAUUUAUAACAGCAAAGCAGUCAGCAAGAGCACAGUUUAAUAUCCAUUCAUUUUGCAGUAGCUUGUGCUGUUGCUAAGGUACAGUUGAUACAGCUGACACCAGAAAAUUACAUGUACUGUGUAGGAGAGCACAACCAUGUUUCUCACUUUCUGACAUUUAACUGGACAAAAAUGUUGCUGAUUUUGGUUAUGAUUGUCAAAUCAUUUCUUUUUGGUUAAUAUUAGAAUAAUGAGAUAUUCUUGCUUUCCUUAAAUUCAGAAUUUUUGUCAUUAAGCUAUUUAGAAAAGCCCAGAUGAUGAUGACAUAACUUUGUAAACUCUUCUAGGUUAAUUCACAACAUCUAUGUUAAAUGAAGAUACAAUUAUGAGUGUUGUAUUUUAAGGACAACACUCAAACCCACUGCUUCCUUGCAGUGGCCAAACUACACAUUAUUCAGGUGCAUGCGAAAACAGAUGUUUCUCUUCAAACAUUUACAUGCAAGUGUUAUGGAUAUAUGAUUCUGUGUUUUCCACUGUCUCUUUUAUCUGCACACACACACUGCAGCAUGCUUUCAUAAAUAUAACAUAUUAGAAUGAAGAUAGUCACACAUAAACAAAAACUUAGGGUGCAGAAUGAAAAGAUUAAAGAAGACUCGCGCUACACUUUGCUUCACUUAGACUCGCCCCUAAAGUGAGCUGAGUGGAGCUCAGCCCUGGAAGGUGAAUGUAACUGUAUCUGUAACAUUUGUCUGACAUGUAACAUUUGAUCAUUUUCAGCAUUAAAGCCUGUUUUAUACUUAAACAAUUCUUAUUAUUCCUCAAGAUAAUUCU